AUGUCUUCCAGAUCCCAUCUGCCGGAAUAUAGAGACUCGAGUGUUUCGGAACAGGAUACACAUCCAGUUUCGCUCUGGAAAUCUCAUCUGCAACUCAUUAAGGUUGGUCUGCUGCUGCUGCUAUGGAGCUUCUUUACAUCGGUCAUUAUCCUUUCGCCUGUCAACCAUCUUGAGACCUCGGUGGUGACCAUUUUGCCCAAAAAGACCCUGCUCCGGCGCUUGGAUCUGCCGGAAGAGGCUAUCAAGCUCAGUCUGCAGGGACCCAUUGAUGCUAAGCUGCAGAAAGUCCCGGUCAAGGAGGAGAACGUGCCUGCGGUUGGCGUGCGCGUACAGUUGCUGGACUGGGUCACGAACCGUACCACCCAGCGCACGGCCAUGUGGAAUGUGUACCUGCACAGGGCGGAGGAGCUUAACAAGAUUGAAAGGAUAACCGAACUCUUUCGCAUCCCGAUGUGGGGAAGGAGUGAUGUACUUGGGUUAGUGAUAGUGGAGAGCAAAUGCGAGUUUCCAGUGGCCCUGGUCAUGGAUAUCGAUUACACUCCCAAGUUUACACAUCUCGGUAUUCUAUAUGCCGUCCUUUUGCUUCUGGGCCUGUAUAUCAUAAUAUUGCUCGAGCUGACGGAUCCAACGUUCGGCGUCCUCCUGAUGGCCACCACUGGCCUGGCGGUUCUCGCGGUACUGGGAGAGCGCCCUGGUCUGAGUGUGAUCUGCACUUGGGUGGACUUAAGGAUCAUUAUGCUGAUGCUGAGCUUGAUGAUCAUUUCGGGCAUAACGUCUGAGAGCGGAAUCUUCGAUUGGCUGGCCAUCCAAACCUAUCGCGUCUCGAAGGGCCACAAGUGGCUAGCGAUUUUUUUCCUGGCCAUGGUCACGGCCCUCCUGUCCAGUAUCAUUCCCAAUGUGACGAUUGUGUUUCUGAUGACCCCCAUUGCAAUUCUACUAUGCGAGGUGAUGUCUGUACAAACACCGCUGGUCAUUUUCGUUGUGGUUAUCUACUCGAAUUUUGGCGGAGCUUUGACCCUAGUGGGAGAACCGCUUAACAUGAUCCUAGCCACUCAUACUGGAUUGGACUUCAUCAAAUUUUCAGUACACAUGGUCCCCGGCAUUCUGUGCGCUGUACUUAUGGGUUUUCCCGUCAUCUACCUGACCAUGCGGAGGAACCUCGACCGGCUUGAAGACAACCAGAUCAUGGUUUCUGCAAAGCGCAAGGCGACAAGGCCUAGGCUGAGCCGCGAGGUCGCGAGAACGAUGGCUUGGCUGAGGGAGAACCAACCGUCAAGGCAGUGCAUCAGGCCAUCGCCCAAGUACUUUGGAACCCUGGCUUACCUCCAGACCCAUCAUGGCAUCCGCGACAAGCUACUGCUGGCGAAGAGCCUUUUUGUCCUGCUCUUUGUAGAAAUCGGUUUCAUAUUGAACUCGCAGCCCUUCCUGCCGGGUGCCGCCCAUUUCAAAACGGCCCUCCUGGGCGCCAUUCUGCUGGUCAUCAUGGCCAAGUUGGAUGACUUGGACACGGUGUUCCAGUACCUGGAUUGGUCGGUCGUGCUCUUCCUGGGCGGCCACUUCGUGUUCAUUGCCGUGCAGCGUGAGCUAGGCCUAAUACCCUGGCUGGGCAAUCAGGCAUUCAAGGUAAUAUCCAGCGUCGAGGCGGACCACCAGACGACGGUGGCCAUUCUAUUGGUCGUCUGGCUAACGGCCUUCACAACAGCCCUCGUCAAUAAUGUGGCGGUGAUGGAAUUGUCGGUGGGAAUGAUCAAAAUAUUGAUGUUGCAUACGGAAAUCAAAGUCCCGCUAUCGCCGCUCAUCUGGGCCUUGGCCUAUGGAGCCUCUUUUGGCGCCAAUGGAACCCUGUUAGGGGCCUACGCCAAUUGGAUGGGAGUGGUGGUUGCCAGACGGUUUGGCUACCACAUCACCUUUUUGCAGUUCUUCCUGUUCGGCUUCCCUAUGAUGCUUGUGAGUCUUACGGUCGCCUCGGUCUACUUGCUGAUCGCACACUCGGUCUUCAGCUGGCAUAAUACAAAAUGA